AUGUUAGACGUCUUUCUCUUUUUGUCACUGAGUUCCGCUGCCGUAAGAAGGGCAUGUGACUCCGAAGGAUCAAGCUUCUCCAAAUCAGCAUCAUCCGUAAUGAUACAGGAGACCGUGAAAGCCUGGCGAGAAGCAACGAAAUUGUUGUACAAUACAAUGAGGUUUAGACUUUCCCAAUUUUCUGUUGCAGGCAGCGCUAGUGCAGGAGGUAUUGACCAAGCACAUCGAGGACAGUGGCGACGCAGUAGAAGCUAA